UUUAAUUAUGGAAGAUGAACAUCUUAUGCAAAAAGUGGAAAGAUGGGCAAAAAUGCUUGAAAAAGAAGAUAAGAUUGGACAUGCACUUAGACGAUUAGAAAAUGUGGCUAUUACACUUCAUAUUCUCAGCGUUGGAAAAACAGUGAAUUCUUUACGUAAACAUCCAUUAUGGGGCGAUCGUGUUUCAUCUUUAGUUUCUCGAUGGAAAGAAAUUGCGCGAGCUGAAACGGCUGCAGCUGAAGAAAAGAAAGAGGAUGAAGAAAGGCAAAGUGAGGAAUGUAAUAUUUCUGAUUUUAUUCAAAUCAAACAAUCAAAAAGUUUGAUUAAAAGAGAAACUAAUGGAUAUGUUAAUGAUGAAGAAUUAAAUGUUUCUGAUAGUGAAUACAUUCCAACUCCAAUUGUGCCAAAAAAAAAAACAAAAUCAACUGUAACUCAAAUUGAGCAAAAAUCAAUUAAAGGCAAUUCUAAUAAUGAUAAUCAACAAAUUGAUGCUUUUUCUGCCCAGUUAGCAGCUGCUGAUCAAAUUUCUAAUACUGUCAAAACAAAGAAAAAACUUCAAAAAUUUACACCCGAAAGUAUUCAAAAUUCAAUUAGAGACUCCUUGGCCAGUUCAAUAUUUACACAAGCAGCACCACAGCAAAAACAACCACAACCACUUUUUUUCGAAGCCCCACCUUCAUUAGAUAUCAAUAUGUUUAAAAAACCCAAGGAUAAUCGAAGAGUUUAUGCAGGAAGGAAGAAGAACGGAUUACAUUUGGAGCAGAAAGUGCCAAAACUUUAUGAUAUUUGUAUUCGUUUGUUAAUAAAUAAUAUUGAAGCAAUUGAAGAAACUGGUGAUAUUCCUUUUCAUGUUUUACAACCAAUACUUGAAAAAGCUAAUGCUAUACAAUUAUUACGUUUAGAAGAAAUAAAUCCUUAUUUACAAGAAGAUACUGAUUAUAUUUGGAGAACUCAUUGUGAAAAAGAAUUCUCAAAAGAAUUAAAUGAUAUUUUACUUGAAGUAAGUGAUGAUGAGGAAGAGGAUGAUGAUGAAGAGAAGAAAGAAGACGAUGAAGAUAAUAGUAAUGAUGGGGAGGAAAAACAAAAACAACAAAAAUAUAUUUAUCAUGAUGAUUGUUCAAGUUGGCGAGAGCGAUAUUAUAAAUUCUUCCGAGAGCGAGAACAUAAAUUAAAACAUCUCAGCAAAAAGAUAAGGACAAAGACAACUGAAUUGGCUGAACCACAACGAAAAGCAUUAGUUACUGCGCCAAUUGCACCUAGACACGUUCGCAAAAGACAAAUACGCAGUGGAAUUGUUAUUUGUGCAGAUUCAGUUCCUUCUGCAGUCGAUUUAACUAGAGCAAGAAGACAAAUAUUUGAAACUGGAAAUGAUGCCGAUCUUCGACAAAUGCCUUCAGCAAUACGUAAUACAACAUCACAAUUAGGUGCACGUUCAAGCGGUUCUGAUAUUUCUUCAGCUAUGUCUGCUGCCAAAAGGAAACCUCAACGGGGUCCUUUAAUGAUGAAAACUUUAAAAAUGCUCAAAAAACAACGUCGUUAA